CGAGCGCUGGCCUCGUUCUUCUACUCUCUGCACUCGCCUUCGACAAUCUCGACACCACAACAUCCGGCUACUGCGGAGCGCCAUUGCCCAUCAUGUCGCUCGUAUCCGGCGAGAAGUCCAACUUCCAAUACAUUAUCCGUCUGCUCAACACCAAUGUUGAUGGCAAGCAGAAGAUCAUGUACGCCCUGACCAAAAUCAAGGGUGUCGGUCGUCGUUACUCCAACUUGGUCUGCAAGAAGGCCGAUGUUGACCUGAGCAAGCGUGCCGGUGAUAUCACCUCCGAAGAGCUCGAGCGUAUCGUCACCAUCAUCCAGAACCCCACCCAGUACAAGAUCCCCAGCUGGUUCCUCAACAGACAGCGUGACAUCACCGAUGGCAAGGACUCCCAAGUUAUCUCCAACGGUGUCGACUCCAAGCUCCGUGAAGAUCUCGAGCGCUUGAAGAAGAUCCGCUCCCACCGUGGUCUCCGUCACUACUGGGGUCUCCGUGUCCGUGGCCAGCACACCAAGACCACCGGUCGCCGUGGCCGAACCGUCGGUGUCAGCAAGAAGAAGGGCUAAGACUUACGAAGAACUUUUCUUUGCAUUAUUUAUUGCGGUGUUUUAAUGCUUGGCUGUGUGUGCUUGGGGGCAAAAAUGGCUCUUUCAUGAUAUAUUAUCCAGGGCUUCUCGGUGUUAUCAUGUGAUUAGUAACACCACCAAAAUAAGAUUUUCAAAAAUGAAAAAGAAUAUACCACCAAACAUGAACCCGAUCAAUGAAUGAGCAUUUUUAAUCUUUCAAUAUUACUUUGUGGAAAUCUUCCUACACUUGUAGAACAUGAGCUACGCAGCAGCUACCAUUGUAACUAUAUAAAAGAGACGUGCGACGCUAAAUCACUCAGCUUGAUUACAUAUUUAUGCAUGGUUAAACAACACCACGG